AUGACGACCGGUUUAAACUCUCUGGUUCUUCCCAGAAAUCUGGAGGAGAAUGACUCCGCUGCUAUUAUAACACCUUCGACUAGAUUUGCGCCGCAAAUAGAAGUCUCCUACAAACGUCUUGCGGCAAUAACCGAUUUGUUACAGCGCGAUUUAGCACGUUUAGGCAUAUCAAAAGGCUGCAAAGUCGCAAUAGUACUACCUAACGGCCUGCAUUUUGUCGCUUCAUUCCUCUCAGUUUUACGCCAACGAGCAAUCGCGGCCCCUAUCGAUGCCCAACUCACGGAAAGCGAAUAUAAAGACAUCUUCUUGCGGAUGAAGCCUGAUCUCAUAGUGACGGUUCCAAGCUCAUCAGAUUCAAGCAGCAACAAAGCCCCUGAGGCUCCAGUUGUGCAAGCAGCGCUUGGUUUAACCCUGCGUGUAGCCCUUUGUCGAAAAAAAAGCGAUGUUGAGGAAUACAUCAAGCCAGAAUUACACCUUCGCCUGGAACUUCUGGACUCCACUUCAAGGAACUUUCAGCCUGCCGCUGUUGUGCUUGAGACAUCCGUUUUCUCAAAGAACGAUGUGUGGUCUGAAGAUGGAGCCCUCAUGCUCUUGACUAGUGGAACCACAGGGGCGCCUAAGUCGGUAAUCCUUAGUCAUAUGAACCUUCUUGUUGCUAUGCGCAUCAUCAUUGCGAACCAUCAAUUAUCUUCCAGCGAUCGUACUAUUAUUAUCACACCUCUCCAUCAUAUCAUUGGAGUCUGCGGCUCUCUUCUGGUUACCCUUUUUACUGGAGGUUGCGCCGUGAUACCAGACUCUUUACCUGGAACCUUUUGGCAGUACUGUACGGAUUACGAUAUCACCUGGUUUCAUGCCGUUCCUACCCUUCAUCGAUUACUGUUAAGAUUUCCUCGCACUUCCAUGCCUCCUAAACUGAGGUUUCUAAGGUCUGGGGGUAGCGAGAUGGCACCAGACUUGUACGAGGCAGUGACGGCAUUAGGCAUACCAUUGUUGGAGGUCUACGGUAUGACAGAAACAGGUCCAGCAAUUUUUUGUAACCAUUUUGACAGCAAAUGUGCGGGGAAAAGGCAAAGAAGCCACUAUCCGAUUGCGGAUGCUGUCGACGUGAUCAUACUUGUGUGCAGCAAUUUGCCGGACGGCGAAACCAAUGAUGAAGGUUUGUCACAAGUAGGAGAAAACACCAAUUUCAGAAUGACCAAAGAGCCCAAUGUCAUAGGGGAGGUCUGCGUACGUGGUAAGAAUGUGAUGGCUGGUUACAUCGACAAUCCUCAAGCGAACGCCGAUGCAUUCCUUCCCAACGGUUAUUUUCGCACUGGUGAUUUAGGAACUAUCCGACCCUCAGGCCAGCUUACACUUGUGGGGAGGCUGAAGGAAGUAAUAAACAAAGGCGGUGUGAAGAUAGGACCCAGCGAAAUUGAACAUGCAGCUUUAUCGCACGAGGUAGUUUCAGAUGCUGUAUGUUUUCGCAUCACUGAUGUUAUGUAUGGAGAAGAAAUUGGACUAGCUGUCAAGCUCCAUUCUGAUUGCGAGAAGGGCGAAAACACUGAGAAAGAUUUAAAGCAGCAUAUGAGAUCUAAACUAUCGGGUUUUAAGGUGCCAAAAAAGAUUAUCUUUGUAGAUGCUAUCCAGUACAAUAAGACAGGAAAGCCAUUAAGGGCACGCAUAUCGCAACAGUUUGCAGAAGGACUGCUAUAA